AUGGGAGAGAUGGAAACAAUGUUGAAUCUGUUCGUUGCUACUUUCAGUCUUCUCAUCUCAAGUGUUGGUAUUUUUGCCGAUAUUUUACUGAACUUUACGGACAUUGGUAUAUGGCUGGCAAGUAUAUAUACCUAUAAACUACGCUAUAAAAUUUUUGAGAUUAGUUCAUGUGAAAGAUUGAUGAUCAAUGGUGCAGGAGCUCAAGGCAUUGGCAUAAACUACGGCUUGCUAGGCAAUAACCUUCCCUCAUUGAACAAAGUGGCCGGCACGAGUUUUCGCUAUAUCACCGCUAGCAAUGAGGUCAUUCCUGGCGAGCUCGUUAGUUGUGUCCUCCCUGCCAUGCAAAAUCUCGACACUGCUCUCACCGAUUCCAAGCUCAACAUCCCCAUCUCCACCGUCAUUGCUACCGAUGUCCUCGGCGUGUUAUUCCCACCUUCCCAAGGCGUAUUCUCUGAAGCAUUAUCCACUGACAUGACUGGCAUUGCAGGAUUCUUGGUGUCCAAGAAGACACCACUCUUUGUCAACGUGUACCCAUACUUUGCAUAUGCCAACCAACCAAAGGACAUGCAGCUCAACUAUGCACUCUUCAUAGCAAACGGCAUGGUGGUCAUUGACAGUUCAUUGAACUAA